AUAGAAUCAAGGAUAAAAAUCAUAUGAUCAUCUCAAUAGACACAGAAAAAGUCUUUGACAAAAUUCAACAUCCCUUCAUGUUAAAAGCCCUGAAGAAGCUAGCAAUAUCUCAAUGUAAUAGAAGCCAUCUGCAAUAAACCUAUAGCCAACGUCAUAAUAAAUGGGGAAAAAUAGAAAGCAUUUCCUCUCGUCAGGAAUGAGACAAGGCUGUCCACUCUCCCUACCAUUGAGCUCCUAGCCAGAACAAUAAAGGAAAAGAAAGAAAUAAAAAAUAUACAAAUAGGAAAAGAAAAAGUCCAAUUCUCCCUAUUUUUAUAUAAUAUGCUGCUUUUACUUUCUUUGUUUCUUUCUUUUUUGAUGUUACUGGAGUUUGAACUUAGGGCUUCACACUUGUUAAGCAGAUGCUAUACCACUCCAGCUAUGCCUCCAUCCCUAGACAAUAUGAUGCCAUAAUUAAAAGUCCCUAAAGAUUCCAUCAAAAAAUGCUCAGAUCUGAUCAUUUCAGUUGCACACUCCAACACAGGGGGUGCCUCACCCCCAAGAUUCUAAUGGUAUUGAUCUGAGAUGCUGCCUGAAAAUCAAGAUUUUCCCAAGUUCCUGUAGUGCUUUUUAGCACAAUCCCAGUUGUGAGUGGUUGUGGACUGGUGCUGUUCAAUUUGUAGCAUCUGUCAGAUCCACCUGGAGGACGUGGCUGGCUAUGGCUGCCUGGGCCCCUGCUUGGGCCCCAUUCAGCAUGGGAGGGGGAGAGCCCAAGAAUGAGUGUUUCUACCAAGUCCAGGUAACGCUGAUGCUGCUGGUUUGGAAAUUACUGUUUUAUAUGCAGAUCUCACCGAUGACCGUGUGCCAGGACCAUCUGGAAAUGCUUAGAACUCACCGAUGUCUCAGACCCAAGCCAGACUAAGUGAAUCAAAACCUCUGGUGAUGGGACUCCAGCUAUCUGAUUUUCCUUAUGAAAUCAGUGCUUUUAACACAGAAUGGCUGGCAACAAGAACAAAAAAUGAUGAGCUAAAGAUAACCUGAUACAUUUAUUACUCAAUUGGGAAAACCUGACCCAGGAACACAGCAUCCAAUCUAGUUGUCUGUAUUUAAAUUGAAUCAUCGAAGGGUGAUUUUCUUUUUUCAGAUUUUUUUAUUAGGAUAUAUUCAUUGUACAGGGGGAAUUCAUUGUGACAAUUCCACCAAGGGUGAUUUUCUGAGAAUUUGAUAUGGUAGAAUAAACUUCUGAGGAAUCACUGCAUCCUAUAGUGUUAGUCAUAAGCUUCUUAUGAGUUGAAGAAUGGUCUGAGGAGGAGUCCCUGGAUGAGUUCUGGACUGUGGGUUCUAUGCCUUUGGCAGCCCCUCUGGAGUGGAAGGACCAUGGGUACAAAUAACUAGACGGGGGCCAGGGAAGACAGGGUUCUUUGGAGCCUGGGGAAGGUCCCCAUGACUCAGCCAACUUGGCAUGUAAGAUCGCUAAUGUUCAAGGAGAGUGGUCUUGAUUACCACCCAGGGUUGAAGACUAAGAUUCUACCAUCUUUUUCUGGCCUGUGAAUGAACUGGUAACCUUGUCUAUGAAACAAAGAUAGAGGGACCCAGGAAACUGAUGAAUACUGGAUUUCUGACCCCUCAACAUGUGUCAGCAUUAGCCAGAUUUAAUUUCACUUUGUGAAGCUGAAAAUGUGACCGUGUUUGCAUGUAAAUAUUAUGGAGUGACCCAUACAUAAAAAUAAAUAAAACAAUUUUGGUGAUAAUUUAUAUAGUAAUAACACGUGGAUCCCUAUACCUUUUUAUUUCUGCAUAUGAGAGCUGCUGUGUACCUGUGCUGGAGAAACAUCCAGAAGAAUGGGCCCCUGGCUUCUCUCAUGCAACCAUCAGAGCAGAAAGAGAGCAGUUUGGGGCAGGAGGUGGGGAGACUGUGUGGUGGAGAAACAUUUUGUCCAUUGGAUAGUGGCUCUAGAGGAAAUAUCCUGUCUACAUCAUGGGAUGGAAGAAGCUGCUCGCAUCCCCUUGUGACGGUUUAAGUACCAAGUAAUGCACAGACUUGGAGACUGUCCCGCCAUUGAUGGGGUUGGGACACUGCUAAAUAACUCAGAUAAAUGUGAAGUGUGCCAUCAGAGUGGGCAGAUGCGUCGCUGUGACACUUGCUCAAGAUCCUAUCAUAAGAAUUGCCACAUCCCACCUGUGGAAGCUAAGAGAGUCAGGAACCCAUGGCAUUGCAUCUUCUGCAAGACAAAGGCUAUUCGGGAAAGGUGCCAAGAUGGCCAACCAUGUCAUCAGGAGUCUGAGGUCCUAAAGAGGAAGAUGCUGCCCAAGGAACAGCUGAAAUGUGAGCUACUUCUAUUGAUGAUCUAUUGUUGCCCAGAAAGUGCCUAUUUUGCCUCAAAACCAUACUAUAGUAGAAAGUCCUUGCAGGGCCUCCAGGAGCACAUGUGGCUAAACAAGAUCAAGAACAGGCUGAAUAAGAAGGCGUACUCCCGGGUGGGGGCAUUCGUGCGGAACGUGCGACUCAUCUUUGAGAAUCACGAGAAAUUUUACAAAGGCAAAAAGUUCAUCAGACUGGGCCACACAGUUCAGGCCGAAUUCGAGAAGAAUUUCAAAAACAUUUUUGCAAUCCAGGAAACAAGCAAGAAAAGCAUUCAGUUUCGACACGUUGUUUUCCUGUCAUAACCUGUAACCCGUUCUAUUUCCCCCUGGGGACCCUCCACGCAGCUAAUGACACAAGCACCGUGGUCUGCUACUCACCUCACCGUUCUCAUGCCAACAAAAUGCCACAUUUCUUUUUUAAACAAUUUUCAUUGCCCUUCCUGAUCAAACUUAAAGUUGUCUUAUCAAGUUCUCUUAUUGAAUAAUUUGUAAUAAAUAUUACAAUGAAAAUAACCAGUCUUUCCAUAACAGAUCAUAUUAUGCCCCUUCAUUUAGUCAAAGCGUGUGUUAGAUUCUUCAGGGUUUUCUCCUCCCCUCACUACACAGGAUUGACUUUUUAUUUUUGAUGUUAUGUGAAAGUGAUGUUUUCCACCAUUAUUUUAUUACUGACAAAGCCAUUGCUAUGUACAUAAAUUUGUCACUGGUAACCUGUGACAAAUGCUACUAGCACCUCUUCUUGUCUUUUUUGCUGUGGCUCCAGGAAGCCCGCCAUGGCUACACAGCAUCUCCAACUUUCAACUCAUGGAUUUGUACUCAGUCCAGCUUAAGUGUUAAAACCUCCAACAAUUCUUGGUUCUGUUGAGAAAUGGCUCUGCCAGGGUAUCCUGCUAUGCUUGUAUACCUAGGGGAGGAAAACGUAAUUUUCCCCUGCCCUCUUGGUACUUGUCUGGGGCCCCUGAAACAACACAAGAUUAACAAGAGAAAAGCAAAUCAGCUUUCUAGUGUGGAUAUAGUCAUGUAUAAUUGGAUCACAGAGGGGCAUUGACAGUCAGGUGCUCCACAUAGCCUCUUUUUUUUUAUUUUACUUAGUAUCCAAUGUAAUUUAUUCUAGUAAUAAAUUAACAUAGUUACAAAAAUGUUGGGUGCUAUCCUAGAAAAAUACUUACGAAUGUGUACAUUAAAGUAUAUGCAGAACCCUUUAAAACAGUUGACUUAAUAAUUUUCAAACUUAGAAGUGUGGUGACAUCAUUAUUGAAGAAAAAUGGAUUCCAUUCUCUGUAAUUCA